AUGCUGUCCCGAGGAUCCGCCCGCACUGCGCAGAUUCUGCGCACCGCGCAGCCCGCGCGCGCCUACGCCACGGUCGGCUCUGACAUCUUCAAGCCCACCAAGUUCGGCGGAAAGUACACGGUCACCCUGAUCCCCGGUGACGGUAUCGGUGCCGAGGUCGCCGAGAGCGUCAAGACCAUCUUCAAGGCCGACAACGUCCCCAUCGAGUGGGAGCAGGUCGAGGUUUCCGGCCUCAACACCACCUCCCCCGAGAAGACUGAGGACCUCUUCCGCGAGUCCGUCGCCUCCCUCCGCCGCAACAAGCUCGGCCUCAAGGGUAUCCUCCACACCCCCAUCGAGCGUUCCGGCCACCAGUCCUUCAACGUCGCCAUGCGCCAGGAGCUCGACAUCUACGCCUCCAUCUCCCUCAUCAAGAACAUCCCCGGCUACCAGACCCGCCACGAGAACGUCGACCUCGCCAUCAUUCGUGAGAACACCGAGGGUGAGUACUCUGGUCUCGAGCACCAGUCCGUCCCCGGCGUCGUCGAGUCCCUCAAGAUCAUCACCCGCGCCAAGUCUGAGCGCAUCGCCAAGUUCGCCUUCAACUUCGCCCUAGCCAACAACCGCAAGAAGGUUACCUGCAUCCACAAGGCCAACAUCAUGAAGCUGGCCGACGGUCUCUUCCGCUCCACCUUCCACCGCGUCGCCAACGACUACCCCACCCUUGAGGUCAACGACAUGAUUGUCGACAACGCCUCCAUGCAGGCCGUCUCCCGCCCCCAGCAGUUCGACGUCAUGGUCAUGCCUAACCUGUACGGUGGCAUUCUGUCCAACAUUGGUGCCGCCCUCGUCGGUGGUGCCGGUAUCGUCCCCGGCUGCAACAUGGGCCGCGACGUCGCCGUCUUCGAGCCCGGCUGCCGUCACGUCGGUCUCGACAUCAAGGGCAAGGACCAGGCCAACCCCACCGCCCUGAUCCUGUCCGGCUCCAUGCUCCUCCGCCACCUUGGUCUCGACGACCACGCCAACCGCAUCUCCCAGGCCAUCUACGGCGUCAUUGCCGACGGCAAGGUCCGCACCCGCGACAUGGGCGGUGAUGCCACCACCCACCAGUUCACCAAGGCCAUCCUCGACAAGAUGGACACCUUGUAA